AUGUUAUAUAUGUUUAAUGGUUGCAAAAUCUCGCAUCCUCGGACACCAUUAAACCCUAGUAAAACCCUUGCUUGUUUGGAAAUGGCGUUCAACUCAAUUCUCCGCAAGUCGGGUUCUUUUGUGAGGGCUCUUGCUGUGGCGGGUCAAUUGACGAAGAAUAACCACCUAGGUCACCGCACCUUAACCUUCACUGCCAUCAACCAACACAAGGAUUCAUUUAUUCCAAAAUUUCACUUUUCUUCUGUAGCUGCCCAGAAGAAACCAACCUCCGAUGAGAACCUUCUCCGAAUCAUUGAAUCCGAAAUCGAAUGCGCCCAGGAAACUGACGAUCACAACGCAGUUGAAGAGGUUCCGAGUAAUUUUCCGUUUAAAAUAAUUGAUAAUGCCGGACAGCAGACUAUAACGCUUGAGAGAACGUACCAAGAUGAGGAAAUUAAGGUAGAGGUUCUCAUGCCUGAUUUGGUCACUGGGGAAGGAAAUGAAGAUGAUAAUGAUAAUGAGAGUGAAAGAGCUUCUCAGUCAAGCAUUCCGCUUUCAGUCAGCGUUUACAAGAAGGGUGGACCCUAUCUACAGUUUAACUGUGUGGGUUACCCAGAUGAGAUUGUUAUAGACAGCUUGUCUGUUAAAAAUCCUGAUCUUACUGAGGAUCAAAUUGCCUACGAGGGACCAGACUUCCAGGACUUGGAUGAGAAUCUGCAGAAGUCUUUCCAUAAGUAUUUAGAAAUAAGAGGAAUAAAACCCAGCACAACCAAUUUCUUGCAUGAGUACAUGAUCAACAAGGACAGUAAAGAGUACUUGGUGUGGCUGAAUAAGCUCAAGAGCUUCGUUCAAGCAUGA